GCUGUGGCCUUGAAACAGUGUAUGAGAGAAGUGCUUUUAAUCCAGAGGAAGAAUUUAGUACCGGAAAGAUGGCGACACGCUUGAAGGUUCUUCGAACAUUUAAAGCUUUACAUCGAACACGGAUGACUGUGUUUAAAGAUGAUGACCGAGCUUUGACAGCUGCCAGAUUAAAGAUCAAUGAAGAAUUUAAGAAAAACAAAAAUGAAGCAUCAGAAGAAAAUAUACAGCAGAUGAUUAAGAUGAGCAAAGCUGUUGAGACAAUCCUGCAGGAAAACAUCCUACAAGUGGAGCAUGUUGGAGAAAAUAAGCUUGUUCUGCGACCCAGAGAGAGUCUUCUAUUAGAAAAUGUACCGUACAGUGACACCCCUGGGAAAAAAACAUAACUCGCAUGGAUUUAUUUAUACCUUCAUCUUUGCUGGACUUGUAGUUUUCUCCAUAAAUCAUUUUAAAACAUGCCUAAUAAAAUGCCUCUCAGAACACAGAAAACACUUUUCAUGGAUCCAGCUUCCAGUCUGAAGAACCAGUUUCUGUAGUAAACAAACAAUACGAUUUUUUUAGUUGUGGUAAUAUUCAAAAUAAACCAGAAUAUUAUGUCCAAAUCUUCCUCUGAAAUUUCCCUCAGACAGUUGCUUUGAACUGAGUUCCGUCUCUAAGUGUGACUUGAAUUUUUAAUCUGAAGUGUUAACUACAUUUCAGAUGCUUUUAAAUGUAGGAAACAUUAACAAAAGUUGCUAAACAUAUCAUGGGAUCUCUUUACAAUUCAGUACACAACCCGUUUCUGUGAACAUUCUCGAUGGUUGACAAACCAAAUUAAGAUGAAGUUUUAUUAUUUGAUGAUAUGGAUUUAUGUGCAGAUAGCCUUCUAAUAUGAAAUGGUUGUUUCAUCAUUUUUCACAAGUACAAUCUGUUAGCAAACAUCUGAGAAAAGCAGCAUUUUGUGUUUGGAGUACAAUUUUUAUUUAACAGAAUAUGUGAAAAUGUCAUGUGGAUGUACCCCCAUACCCCAUUACUGCUUAAUGUAUAUUUGUAAAUAUUUUUGUCUUCUCUUCAUGCAAUAAAUAUGUUGUGUUUGAGAUUUA